AGAAAAGCAUGGGAAUCAUGGCUCCUGUAGGGGUGAUGGAGAGAUGAGAGACCCAGCUUACGGAGUGGUACGGAGUAUUGUGUAAGCCGUUCGUGUUGUGUUCCAGGCCUGCGGCACGCGAGGCAAGUACCUGAAGUUAGGCUGUUCGCCCGGCGAGUGAGGCCUCGCCAGCCUUGAGUUAAGAACCCGCCAAGCCUAACUCCGUCACCUCCGUUCAAUGAGGCUGCGCCUGAACAUCAUCCAUCAUCAACAAUGCCAUACUCCGUAUGAGAAGACAAACGCAGUUGAAGAUCGACUUGACCUGCACCUCCUUCUCAUCUGCAGCUUCUCAACUAUGGAUCAAUCGCAAACAAAAGCCCUAGCUGCCCUCCAGCCCUUCGUACACCUCGCCACAACCACCAAAGACCCAUCUCCACGCUUCGUCGCUGAACUCAUCAAAAGCGCCAUAUCCGCACCAGGCACAUACAUUUUCACCGAGCUCCUCCAGACACUAGCCUGCCAGAGUCUACGAGAAACAGAUUCGCAAUCAUGGCUCACUCUUCUCGAAAUCUUCAGCUGGGGAACGUAUGAAGAGUACAAAGCAACGCCGAAUCUUCCUCCUCUGGACGGUCCUCAAACCUUCAAACUUCGACAACUCAGCCUGCUCACCCUCUCCUCGCCCUUUGCCCCUAGCAGUACCACUACGACCAACACUCUGACCUACCCGUCCCUGCUCCAGUCCCUUUUCCUUCCAGACGCAGAAAGCCUCGAAUCCCUGGUCACGCAGUCCAUCUACUCCGGCUUGCUUACUGCCCGACUUAGCCCAACAUCCAGCCCGCCCGUCGUCAACGUCACAUCUGUCGCACCACUCCGCGACCUGCGCCCGCAGUCUCUCCCCGCACUCCUCCAGAUCCUACAAACCUGGGAAUCGAGGUGCACAUCCAUGGUCAGCGACCUGGAAGCCCAGAUCGCCUCGAUCAGGAAUACAGCCAGUCAACGAAGUACCACGCAGCGCAAGAGACAAGAAGCCAUCGACGCAGCAGUCUUGAACACCAAACCCAACGACAGCCCAGAGGAUCGCAAAACAGGAGGUCGCACACUCCGUGGCGCGCAGCGAUUACCGAGCAAGCGUGAUAUCGACGCGCACAUGGAAGGUGAGGGCGACGAUUUCAGUGACAGUGAGGAACGUAUGGAUCUAGAUGAGGGUAUCGGUGGAGACAUGGGCCCUGCAACUGCUCUGCGAGGUGGCCAUGCUGGUGGAAGCUCGAGAGGGGCAAAGAGGAAUAGAGGGCGCGGCGCAAAAUGAAGCCAAUGGUCUAUUGAGCACAUAUCGAGAAGAUACUUCAAUCCCCGUGUACUAUGCACUCAUGGAGCGUCCACAAUGAGACAUCCAGAUGGAAAGGGACCUCAGUCGACGCCAAUCAAUGAAGAAUAUGAUUUGACGAUACCCUCAGAUGUUGGGAAGGAUCCCACCUUUCUCGUUGCUUGUUUGAGGAAGAGUGGUCGACAAGGGUAAUUCGAAACCAAUACAAGCUCAACAUGGUGGCCAUGCUCCAGAAACCAAGUUACAGGGCAUGGCCAGAACAGUGUGAAGUCUACCUCUCUCCUCUAUCCUUUCUCCGUCGGGGCUGUUGUUGAAUGUGGGAAAACGUCCUCAGACUCCCCCAAAAUCAGGGAGUAGGCGAAGGCACAUGAUGGCACGCUUUUCUAAGCUUCAUGACAACGAAAAUUGUCCAUUGCAGAGGCCAGCUCAUCUCGUGGAAAGGGCGGAAAGAAAAUAGAAGAAAAGAUAGGACGUAUGUAUCCAAGCUCCCACCCCAAGCCUCAUUUUCAGUGUCUUCGACACGCCGUCUAAU